AUGACCGAAGUGGACGUGUGUACAAAAGAAAACGAAGAAAUUGAUGUUAAUGGAGAUGUUCGUGGUGUUAAACGCCAUCGUUCACCUUCAGAUGUGGAUGCGGUGAAGAAGCUGAAGUUUUAUGAGGACUUUGGUUUGAUAGAAAUCAUUUAUUCGCAAGAUUUCUUGCCACGACAGAUUGUAUUCUACAUUAUCUCCGCUGCUAGAAUCAAGUGUAAUGUUGAUGAUGACGAAAUUGUGAUCUUGGACGACAACGAAUCUAGCCCAUCUAAGAGUUCUGGUCGUAAUACACCU